CAGAGCUUAAACGGCCACAGGUCCAACUAGGAACUCACUUUUGAACCCGUGAGUUGACAUAACCAUGAGAGUUGCUUGUCAUUUUAGUAACAUCUUUGCAGUGUGCCUGGAGAACCAGAGGGUUAACCCAGCUUCGCUUUUCAGAAGGAAGCUGCACCACCCUGGUUCACCUACCUCUGCCAUGCCCGGGUGGGUUUCCCACGGCUGCACCACCACCCCCGUCCCAGCACCCCGCAGGGGCCGGGGGCUGCAGCGGUGCUGUUAGCAGGGACUGGGGCUGCUCGCCCGAGCUCUGCCAGAGCCGCGCAGGGUCGGGGAGCAGCCCACCCCCUCUCCCUGCUGCAUUAAUGGGGGCUUUUUCCUUUUCCUGGCAAAGCUUCCCUGCGGGGCAGCUGAGGGCAUCCUGGAGAGGGUGAGUGAGCCCCAGCAGGAGGCGGGGGGGGGGGGGAGACUGUCCCCUCUCCCUGCUGCUGUUGCCGAAGCAGUGCCGGAGCCCGAGCCGUCGAUGUGGCUCCCCAGAGUUAGUUGCUCAGCAACCAGAAUCAAUUAAUAUGCUUUGCAGAAAGUGCAGGGGAAGCCCGAGCUGCUGUCAGCGAGAAGGCAGGAGGCUGAGGGUGACUCAGGAUCCCACUCCCACCUGACACCCAUUUGGUCCCACCCCAUCCUCUCAAACCCCCCCAUUAGCCACCGUUCUUUAUCCUUUUCUGCUUUCCUACGAUGACUUAGUGCGUGUUCCUAAAUCCUUCGGGCAAGUCCCUCUGAUGACACCACGAAUCUGGGAAUGAAGAACUUCUCAGAGCUGAUUGGAAAUGGCAUUGCAGAGCUGAAACUUAACUGGAGGAAAUAUAUCUCCUGAAGAAGAAAAUAUAAUGCACUGUAAGGAUCUGACUUCUGGUGAAAAAUUCAAGCCUAGAGAAAACUUGUCCGCUUUGUUAGGACGAAUGGGUUGGACAAUUUUCUUCAAUUCCAAAGGAUAUCUGAAUGCCAUGCUGAGCUUAAUCUCUGCAGCAUGCUCUGUGCUUCUCAUCUCUUCCUGAUGCACUGCAUGGUUAUCCUGAAAGGGAGGAUAAAGAAACUGGCCACCAAGAUGGUAAUCACUAGUGGAAAUGAAGAAGAUAAAGGCAGUCAAGAAAAGGAAAGCAAGGAAGAAACCAUCUUGGCAAUGCUUGGAAUUAUUGGGACAAUUCUGAACCUCAUUGUGAUCAUUUUUGUGUAUAUUUACACAACACUGUAAACUAGAAGGCAUGCAAAUAGACCAGAUAAAACAGCCAUUAAAAGUGACGACAAACAUUGCUGAUUAUUGACAAGUUGUUUAAUCAGAAUUGACUCUGUAUUAUAUUAACACAUCAUAAAAGCACUGCCUGCAGGCAGCGAAGGCUGAAGCACAAUUAAUUUAACAAGACUUUUUCACACAGUAACAAGCUUAACUCUCUUGUCCUGCCUACUUCCUUUCAGUUUGGUUUUCAGUUUGGAAGAAAAUGACUGCAAUUAUGUAAGUUGUAGCUUUGAAGAAAUCCAUCAGGGCUAUGUUGUUUUAACACACUUUGGGUGAAAAAAAAAAAAAAAAAGAAAGAAAGAAAGAAAGAAGCUCUAUGCUAUAUACAAUUAGAAAUGCAUACUGUAUACCCGCAAAGAUUGAACUCAAAGAUAGCUUCAUAGCACAGAUCACAUGUCUGUUAGGUGAAAUGACUUUUUUUUCUUGGUUUUUGCUUUUAUUUACAUUGAAUCUGACAAGCUUUUUAUUUAGAAUGAACAUAUGGUGCAAUCAUGAAAAAAACAAUUCCAUUGACCAAGGUCUGCCUAAAACUGAUAACAUGUUGGGAGAAAUACAUUACAUGGUUAUUUUUCUUUUCUCAUUUGCUUAACAUUUGUGUCUGUUCAUACCAGUGUUUAUAAAUAUAUAUUUUUAAUAAAUGUGCUAUAUUUUUAGCAUGAACCAAA